ACGAAAACAAAAUGGCGGCUGAAAUCAAGCCAGCCGCUGGAAAACCAGUUGGAAAUGUCAGAAAACCAAUGCUUAUAAACAAACUUGAAGGAUGCAGCGACAGUGUCAACAUGGCAGUGAUCAUCCCUCGGGAAGAUGGUGUCAUAAGUGUCAGUGACGAUAAGACCCUGAGGGUAUGGCUCCGCCGGGACACAGGACAGUACUGGCCCAGCAUCUGUCAUUCCAUGCCAUCUGAGGCAGCGUCACUGGAUUUCAAUGCGGAAACCAAGAAGAUCUUCAUCGGGCUUGAUAACGGCACCAUAUCUGAAUUUUCCAUAACAGAAGACUACAACAGACUGGCACACAUUAGAGACUAUAUAGCUCACCAGGGCCGUGUGACGAGUGUCAAGUUCACCCUGGGGUGUGAGUGGGUGUUGAGCUGUGGGAAGGACAAGUACUUCAUGUGGCACUGCAGCGAGACGGGGCGGAGACUGGGCGGGUACCAGGCCGGGGCGUGGUGUCUGUGUCUAGAAUUCGAUGAACAGUCCAAGUAUGCUUUUGUGGGUGAUUACUCUGGUCAGAUCUCUGUGCUGAAGAUUGGACAGAGCAGCUUCCAGCUCAUUGUCACACUCAAGGGACACUCAGGAAGUAUACGCUGUAUGGCAUGGGACGUCCAGCGGAGUCUGCUAUUUACUGGGAGCUUCGACCAGUCCAUCAUUGUGUGGGACAUCGGGGGGAAGAAGGGCACAGCAUUUGAACUGCAGGGACACCAUGACAAAGUACAAGGCUUGUCGUAUGCCAUGGGGGCAAAGCAGUUAGUGUCAGGGUCCGAUGAUGGUCUACUUGGGAUAUGGCAGAUGGAUGUUGAGAGACUGGAGACGCCGGAGUGGAAGGAGAGUGAUGUGUGUCAAAAAUGUGGUGCACCAUUCUUCUGGAAUGUCCGCAAGAUGUGGGAAGAGAAGAUGAUAGGAAACAGACAGCACCACUGCCGGAAGUGUGGGAAGGCGAUGUGUGCCAAGUGUAGCAACUCCAAGUCCACCAUCCCUCCCAUGGGAUAUGAGUAUGAAGUCAGGGUUUGUGACGAGUGUCUACCCACCAUUACAGAUGAAGAUCGGGCGCCACUGGCGACAUUCCAUGACAUGAAGCACAGCAUCAUAUACAUGCACCUAGACGAGGCGAGGAAACGACUGCUGACUGUAGGAAAAGACAGGGUCAUGAAGCUGUGGGAUUUAGGCAGUGUUCUCUAGCCCCGGACUAAGGGAAGUCCUAGAAGUCAUCAAGUAAUGUAUUCAUCCUGACAGUGUGUCUGUCCAACAUGAUGUAGCUGCUACUACAGCACUUGGACGGUCUGCUCAGUAGCAGGUGCUUGGUACUUGCCCCCCAGCACCACUGUAGUUAGCCUCUUGGUCGCAGGACUCCUGGAUCUGUUUAUACUGUACAGUAAAGACAAUGUUUCCCAGUAUAUGGACCUUGAUGUUGCCCCUUUUAACUUGAACAAAAAUCUUACCUCUUUUUUUUCCGAUUUUAUCAAGAAACUGGCUCCAUUUAUUUUCAUGAAUCCCCCAAAUUGUUUAUUGAUCAUUACCGGUAUAUGUGCCCUGUGAUGUAUUGAGUGACCAGGGAUCUGUCUGGAGAAACCUCCUGUAUAGUUUAUGCCAGUCUGUAACCCUGCAGGAGCUGGUGCUUAUGGUCUACGAGAUGAUCACUUGAUUAAGGUUAAGUCAUGGCUUUAGGUUUGAGAUAUUCUGACAAAUACCAGUGCAAAUGAUGAAAAGGUUCAAUUGGAAAUGACAAUGUUAGUCAGCAGUUUCAAAUGUUACAUUUUCUGUACAUCAAUUACUCCAUAACGCCAACAAUUCUAAACACAUAUGCAUUACCUCUCGAGUUGUGAGACGGACAUGACAUCACACUGGAAGGCUAUGAUGCAGGAUGAGAGGUCAUAGGUUUCCAUGGUAACAGAUGGUGGACAGAAUGUGGAGAGAAUCAUCAACUAAACGGGAAGGUCCUCUGAUGUGACAUCCAAUUUGCCAAGCCGGAUGGCACAUGUUUUGUAUUUUAAAAUUUGCGAUUUACUAAACAACAAAAGUAUUCAUUUGAAGUGAAAAAUCCAGAUUUCGGGUAUCAAAUCCCAUUUGACACCUUUUUGUCAGAUUGUAGCAUAUACCCAUUCGUUUUACAAUGGUUGCUUUAGUCUUUCAUCCACAGUGCCAAUGGCUGGAUAGUUCAAGCACCUGCAAUGGCACCACACCCACCAUGCUGCAUGAUAAGCUUAAGUCAUCAAAACUAGCAGAUUUGAAAACCGGUUUACCAGAAUUAUAUAUCAUAGCUUACUUUCAAAAUCUUUUGUAGAUCACUAAGAAUAUGUAGUAUCAUCAUGUAUGCAUAUUUAAAGGUAGUAACGUGACCUGUAUUGAUGGAAGAUCAGUUUUGUCACUGACUGUGUGCAUUGCAUUGUUGUAGUUUCAUGGCUCCUAUACAGGGAUCUGACACAGGCUUUAAAGUUGGUGCAUGUUUUUAUUAUGCAGGGUAGCUGGCUGCACUGGGUGAUAGCCGAUGUCACCAUUGACUUAACCUGAUAAUUAAUAGGUUCAAACUGGAGACAUGCAUUGAAAUUGUAAAAGUUGAUUAGUUUUACGGCCCAUGUAAAGAUUGUAUGUUUAUCAGAAGGGCUUGACUCUAGUAGUCAAAUCAGCUUCAGACAUUACAACAUGAUGCACAUAGUUAGUGGGUGCAUUCAUUUCUGUAUGACGUAUUUGUUGUGACAUAGACUAUUUCCCUUAAACACAGUAGAGGCAUGAUAUUGAUGGGCAUUUCGUCCUGCUUGCCAUAGAAUACUCAGUGAUACUGUAUUUUGUGUAUCCUGAUAGCCCCAUUUACUGACCGUAAUAAAUGUGACGUAUUGACAUAUUGACAUUUCCUCAUUUAGAAUUACAAAGGGAGAUAACUAUUGACUCUGGAGGUUGUUGAACAGGUUCUAGAGUCAACAGAUGAUCAAAUGACUUUCACUACAUUUUUUGCAAUUAUGAUUCUAAUUAGAUCUGUGUGGAGCUGUUUCCAGAAGUAGGCGCUAAUAGUUCACAGAGUUUUGCUCUAGUCAUACGAUAAACCUGUGCAUAUGGCUUACUGAUAGGGCUGGAACAAUUCACUCAAGUCACAGUACAUUAUACAUCACGAUAAAUCAUACAUGCAUGAUAAAUUACACAAUAUUAUUAUUAUUAUGAUGAUGAUGAUGUUAUUUUAUUUUUUUAUUAUUAUUAUUAUUAUUUUUAUUAUUAUUAUAACACGGAACACUAUUCUGAGUAACUGCGUAAAAUAUGAUAUGACUAAGGCUAACAAAAGCUGAAUAUUUUUUCAUUAAUCCCUUUCAGUGUCAAGUGCUAAUUCAAUGCCAGUACAUGAUCAGAUUGAAUAAUGGUACAUACGAUAAAGGUAAAAUGUCGUCUACCAGCUGUUUAUAAUACCAUUGGAUAUAUUGGUUCAGUGAUGAGUCGUAUCAUGCAUGAUAUCGCCUGGUAUGAUGUUGCUAUGGACUGUUACAUUAGUGCAUUGUUUCAGCACAGCGUGAUUACAAUUUUGGUUGAGCUUUUAGUUUGGAAACAAUGCAGGGCUCCAGAUAAUUUUAGCUGUGUCACACUUAGUGCAACUCACACAUGUAUCACUGUUACGAGCUUAUGCAAUAUUUAACACACUUUGGCCAUCACUUGGAUGGAUACAAAUUAGAAGUCCCCUGAUAAAGAGUUUUAAGCAGACUUAUGCUUUAAAAAGGUUCAGUCACCAGUUAAAAAAUACUCAAAUGGACUGGAUCUAGGGAGAGAAGAUAUUGAAUACCCACUGAAAACUAUGACUACCCAAAGUGAAUGAUAACAUCCAUGUAAAGUCCUUCAUAGUACUUAGUUGCAUUGUUCGCUGCAGAAGAAGGGGGCAAUGGGGUAGCCUAGUGGUUAAACCGUUCACUCGUCACACCGAAGACCCGGGUUCGAAUCCCCACAUGGGCACAAUAUGUGAAGGCCAUUUCUGGUGUCUUCCACCAUGAUAUUGCUGGAAUAUUGCUAAAAGCGGCGUAAAACCAAACUCACUUACUCACUGCUGUAGAGGUCAUGUAUACGCCAUGCCUGCAUUUUGUCAAUAAAUAAUGACCUGUACACACACACAGGUAUGCAAUCUGAAAGGCUACAUUGGAUAAUUACACAGUUUUGUUAUGCUGUUGGAUUUAUUUUUUUUCAUGCAUAUUUGUACGUAAGCAACUUAAUAUUACUUAGGUUAUGGUGAUUUAUUCUGUGUAUUUUACGCAAAUGCACAGGUUAUCUGGAGCUCUGACAGUGUGCCUACAGAUGGAAGAAUUAUGAAAUCACUUUACCCUGUGACCAUUUAUCAAUGUAUUGACUGCAGUUUGAUGUUAUUCCAUGUAGCAAGAAUCUAGUAAGGUGUUUUGUACAUACCUGCAGCCUAUAGCCAGGGACAGCUAGUGAACAAAUACUUGUCAAAGAAAUAUAAUGGAUAGUGCAUGCACAAGGAGUGAGAAUGUUGUUGACAUUAAGACAUGUUCGACAAUGUUUGCUUCUCCAUAGAAGGCAAUUUAAAACACUUCCAUGAACAAUACGUAUGUGUACUCAGACUGUCUUGUACAGAGAGACCCUUUUGAUAAGGACACAAAGUCGUUGCUGUAGUCAUUUGGAUAAGGAGUUAUGGAGGCAUCUCAACAGGAAAUGUCAGUUAAAAGUCCCAAACUUGGAUAAUAUUCAUUUAUUAAUUCAGGUUGUAAGUAUAACUGAUAUUUUAAUAUUUUAGCUUUGAUGUGUAUUUCACAAGACAAAAUGCAUCAAUACUGAGUUUAGUAUUAUUGCAAAGUUGAAUGCAAGGUCCAAUAAUAUUUUAGAAUAUAGGCCUUAUAAAACUUCCGAAUCUUGGACUAUUUCAUGUAUUUGUAUUUGACAAUUGGGAAAUAUGCUGUUCAUAGUAAAAUCUGCUUCACCAUCUAAAUAAUGGAAGCAAUUAUACCUUAAUCUCAGAAAUGAUAAUUUAAAAACCAGAGGCCACGUCCAGUUACAGGCAUGUGGGCAAUCUGUUUUUAUGACAUCAGUGAAGGCAUACACAGGUGUGAUGAUCUCUCCCACCAAUCACAUGGAAACUGUGCAUUGUCGUGUUGAUAAGAUCUCACCUGGCGAUGUCACGGAGGAAGCUCUCAGUUAGUGAUGUCACGGAGGAAGCUCUCAGUUACUGAUGUCACGGAGGAAGCUCUCAGUUAGUGAUGUCACGGAGGAAGCUCUCAGUUAGUGAUGUCACGGAGGAAGCUUCCAGUUAGUGAUGUCACGAUCAUUCAUUUAUCCAGAAAGGUGUCGAUCUAUUAGACUUUGCUGGAGUUACACUGUCUGGAUUAUCAGGGCUUCGCUGCUCUAGUGUACAUGUAUGUUACUGUCACUUAUUGUGCUAUACUAAUCCGCUGUACAUAUGGUUACCAUGGUUACAUACCUUUACAUGAUACACUGUAUAGGUACCUUCCUAUGUCACUCAAACAGCUACCGUGUCCAAGACAUGUUGUUCUGAUUAUCAACCUGCUUUAACUUAAAGGUAGAAAAAUUGUUUUACCUGAAAU